GUCUCCCGCCGCCAUUUUGUCCGGUCUGGCGUCCCGGAGGCUGAGGAGAUGUCGAAGGACUCGGAGCGGGCCGCGUACAACUUGCCCCCAAUCGACGUUCCGGAGCCUGAACCCUUGGUGCCCUCUUCCGGCCCGACUCUCUUCUUCGAGAAGCUCUUUUACUACACGGUAGACAGACCGGUCACCCUGUACAGAGAAUGGAUUGAACGCCAGCGUUCAAACAAUAAGAUUUAUUACUAUCACCGGGAGUUCCGCCGUGUGCCGGACAUUACAGAAUGCUUGGAGGAUGACUACCUGUGCAUCUACGAAGCUGAGAUGCAGUGGAAAAGAGAUUUGCAUGUUGACCAGGAAAUUGUAAAAAUCAUACGAGAGAGGUUAGGCGCUUGCAAAGUCCGGGAAGGCGUGAAUGCUGCUGAAAAUUGUGCAAAGGACCUACAGCUAUUUAAAGAUGUGACCAAAGCCUACAGGGAUCGAUAUGAUGACCUAGGUGCUUUUGGAUCUGCUCGCAGGUGUUUAAUGAAGCAGAAGCAUCGGAUGAUUGCAGAAAGGAAAGCCCAAGCAGAGGCAAAGGCAUAGGCAGAAAUGAAAUGAGCUGCGUCUUUGGUGGGAAAUGGUAGAUGGGGCUGAAGUGCAACAGCUGGAAAAUGAAUAAAUGUAUAAUCUUUAUCAAGUCUUUAAUGUUCUUUGUAUAAAAUAAAGACGUUUCAGCAUAGCAGAA